UGAGCAUUUGUGUAUUAUAAGCAGAGGAUAAGUGGAUAAGAAUCGUUGCCACAUAAAUCUUCUAUUGGGGUGAGGCGAAGAUGAAUCUCAAGGAAGGAAGCAGAUGAAGACGACAUCUUACUUGAACAUGGCUUCCUCAUCCAUGUCUCCUCGCUGCAUUCUCGUUACUAACCCUAAAUUACCUAAAGUCCCAUAUUUGCAUAUCACUCCCUCUUCCUCUAUUUUACCAUCGCCCAGGCAGUCAUUUCAACCAUUGAAAUUCAAAAAUCACAAUUCAAAAAGACUCUCCUCCUGUACGCCCAAAGUAGCAUCAUCAUCAUCUUCAACACCCACUCCAAGCAGAAGAACAAGAAUACCACGGACAAAUAACACAGAAGAAAUAGAAGAAGAGCAGAUCUUCUUUGAUGGGGGAGCCCACUAUGGUGACCUAGUGGCAAAUCUGAUAUUUGGGUUUUCUCUGUUAUGGAUGCCCCUCACGGUGGCAGCUGUGUUUAGGGCACUGUUCUUGAGGUACAGGUUUACCAAUGUUAGGGUCACAGUCAUAUCAGGCCUCAGUGGCUCUGAUAGAAGGGACUUCUCUUACAGCGUUAUUGAGGAUGUGCAGGUGGUGCCUCGUUUAUUUGGAGAAUGGGGAGAUAUCGUCAUCACAUUGACCGAUGGCACAAAGGUUGAUCUUCGUAGCGUUCCCAAGUUCAGGGAGAUUGCAAAGUAUUGCCUCUCCAAGGCUGGGAAGAAGGGCAACAAAUCAGUAGAGGAAGCUGCAGCUAACGCAAACAUAUUCUAGCUCAAUUCAGCAUUACUUACUGUAAUCUUUUCAACUAUUUUUCUCUUUUUUUUCUAGCUAUUCUGUAAUUUUGGGAUUCAAUGUAAAUCUCGCAAUCUGGAGCUGAGGUUUUUGUGAAUUAUUUUAUUUUUAACUGAUGUGCAAGUCACAAGAAAGAUUAUAAUAUAUCAUACUUUGUAUGAGUUAAGAAUCCUUUCUUUUUGGGUUGUCCAUUUCUUGAUGAGAUAUAAUGCAUUCAACAUUGAGCAUUGGGCAUUACAGGUUAAGGAUCACUGCCUUUUGAGUUGUCUUCCUUGAUAUCUGGGAUAUAAUACAUUCAACAUUGGCCAAGUGGGCAUUGCAUGCAAGCAGGGAAAAUACAAAAUUAGGCUUCUUGCCA